AUGAUCUGUUCCCGCCGCCACUCCAGCUCAGCUCCGGAGGCUCCUCGGAGGACUGGGGCCCUCGGGCAGCCCCGCUGGACCAGGGAGCUACGAAGUGCCCGCGUUUGUGCUCCGGACAAGUCAGCCUGGGCAGGCCGUUACUCACGUCCCCCUGUGAGUCCAAGUGUUCUCUGCCUGGAAGAGAUCGAUGAUCCAAUCUGUUCAUGAGGACGCCGUGCCCACCACUGCGUCUUUCAGCUGAGUCAAAGGGAUUCCUCGAUUUCCUAUUUAUGGGGCAGAGGGGAGGGGACAAGCCGGAGAACACCUGGGAGGGCACGCCCUUCCUCUCCGGGACAACACGUGAAGCACCAGGCAAUGUGAAACCCAAAGACAAAAGUUCUCAAGGGCUGGGGAGGCUGGCGUUCCAAUCCCCAAAGCCCUGUCGGGGGCGGAGGGCGUGGAUUGCUCUGUUUGAGGGAGGGGUGUGCAGGAGGAGAAGCACACAUUACACAGGUGGUCACGUGUGAAUGGCCCCAGGUGAACGUGAAAAGAAAGAUUGAAAUUCUGAAGUCAACACAAGAAAUCAGACAGAGAUGUGGCAUGUCUCCAAUGGAGACGGGACGUCUCAACACAAGGCUGACCUCUGGGGAAGGUCUGAACACUCUAAAGAGAGAAUGUGGGGGGAAUUGAUCCCGAGUGGAAGCAGAGGAAAGGGAGAGUCAGUCCUGAGGGGGGGAGGCAGUGUUAGGAAGACAAAGGGGGAGCUGGGCCCAGCUGGGCCUCUAGGUCCUGUGUCAGGUGUGACCUGCUAUGGACAUGACCAGAUGGCCAUCUCAGCUGGGGCCAUAGAACACGAGCCCUAUAGCUCCCAGUCAAGCACUCCCCAGGCCACCUUCUAACGAGCCUGUGGCUUCUCAGAGCAGGUAUGGGCCAGGUGCCAUCCCAUUGGCUAGGGGCUACCUUGUGGGGGAAAUUAACAAGCAGCAUGUGGUGUGACACUUGAGUGUCUAGAGAGCUGGACCAUGAGAGACAGCAGUGCCCCAGGUCUGGGGCACUAAGGAAACAAGUUUUUUGUGCCUGCAGAAAUCGGGCCAAAGCCUGGACCAAGGGGACCACGUAGGGGAGGUCUUACUUUCAGAGGCUCUGCAGAGAAGCCUGCCCGUUUCCAUGGGUCAGAAAUUUAGGGUCCAGUGGGGAUGGCUUGCCUCUGUUCUGUGACGUCUGGGGCCUCAGCUGGGAGACUCACAGGCCGAGGGAACAGAAUCUAACCGAAGGCUUCACUGGGGCCGGAGGCUCCACGACCAAGGUGGCAAGUCGGUUCCUCUCCAUGGAGCCUCUCCAUGUGGCCGCUUGAGUGUCCUCACAACAUGGCGGCUAGCCUCCCCCUGAGUAAGCAACCCAAGAGGCCAAGGAGGGAGCUGCGAAGCCUCUUAUGCCUUAGUCUUGGAUGUCACACACUGUCACUGCCACCACGGGUGGGAAGCAAGUCACUAAGUCUGGCCACAUUCCCUGGAAGAGGAAUUAGACUCCACCCUUUGAAAGGAGGAGUAUCGAAGAAUUUGUGGACAUAUUAAAACCACCCUCCACUAGGAGGGCCUUUCUAGAGCGUAUUUCCAAUAGGGACAAAGCCUCACUUUCUCAGCACCCAUUGAAGACUGUCCUUAUCCCCUUAUUCAACCCCAUCACUUGCCACUUCCCACCUCCCCAUCCAACAUCUAGUCCACCUGCCAGAACACCAGCAGCUUCCCCACUUCUGUGCCUCUGCUCAAGCUGCUGCUUCUGCCUGAUCUGCCCUCCUUCCUUCUUGGCCCCUGCUGACGUGCUCUUCAUCCUCUGAGACCCAGCUCCAGAGUUACCUCCAACCUCCUCCCCCCACAUCUGUGUCCCUUGCCCCUCCUCCCACCCCUCGGCGCUCAUCGCGCACACUGGGUGGCAGGUGUUGGGAGCUCGGGCAGGGCAGGAGAAGUGUGGUGUUCCCCUCUGGGUCCCUAGAGCCAAGGUGGAGCUCAGCACAGAGGAGAUGCCCAAGAAGCAUUUAAAGAUAAAUUGCAUCAAUGAAUGAGUUCAUCACAGUCUCCAGUCUGGCCCCUCAAAGCCAGCCAGCUGCUCCAGGACGUUUUCUGGGAAAUCCCAGAGACGAUCAGCAGAUUCUUUCCCAUGAUCUAUUAUUGCUCAGCUCCUCCCCCGCGAGCCUACCCAGCAAUCAAUUGCCCAGGAAGAGCCCCUCCACCUCCACCUUCCUUCAUCCACCCCACGGAGCACUAGGAAAGUGCCCAAUUAGUCCUGCCCUUUGCGUUGUGCUUUUAGUUUUUCAGUGUGUCUUCAUACCUACUCUUUGAUUUAAACCUUGUAAGAGCCAUGCAAGGCAAGCCAGGGAGAGAGCAAGACUCUACGACAAUAAGGUGGAAGCUCAGAAAGGUCAAGCAAUUUACCCAAGACAGCACAGCUAGGGUUGGAACCAACGUCUAUCGAAACCCCAUGCCUCUUUGCUGAAGUCGGAGAGGAAAUCCCAGAAAGUGAACUGCCCCCUGGGCUGAGUCUCACUGCUGGUCUGAGUCUCAGAGUGAAAGAGGAGCCAGUGGGUUAAUGAUGGAAUCACCAAUAUAAGAGCAAGAAUCUGCCAACAGUGGUGCUGGAGUUUGACAUUGGUUAUUUUAAUAAGUUCACAAAAAACAGCGCCAAAAUGUUCAACGUCACCUUGCAAGCCCUUGAACCUGCUCUCAACGGGACCCCUCCCCAGAGCAGCAGCUGCGUCCACUCCGACUGGUGGAGCUCGCUGAACACCAUCCAGCCCCCCUUCCUCUGGGUCCUCUUCAUACUGGCAGCUCUCGAGAACGCCUUCGUCCUCAGCGUCUUCUGCCUGCACAGGAGCAGCUGCACGGUGGCGGAGGUCUACCUGGGCAAUCUGGCCGCGGCCGACCUGCUCUUGGCCUGCGGGCUGCCCUUCUGGGCCAUCACCAUCGCCAACAACUUCGACUGGCUCUUUGGGGAAGUCCUCUGCCGCGUGGUGAACACCGUGCUCUACAUGAAUCUCUACAGCAGCAUCUGCUUCCUCAUGCUGGUGAGCAUUGACCGCUACCUGGCCCUGGUGAAGACCAUGUCCAUGGGCCGGAUGCGCGGGGUGCGCUGGGCCAGACUCUACAGCCUGGUGAUCUGGGGCUGCUCACUCUUCCUGAGCUUGCCCAUGCUGGUCUUCCGGACCAUGCGGGAGUACGGGGCUGAGGGCCACAACGUCACCGCCUGCAUCAUCAUCUACCCGUCCCGCAGCUGGGAGGUCUUCACCAACAGCCUCCUGAACUCCGUGGGCUUCCUGCUGCCCCUGAGCGUCAUCACCUUCUGCACCGUGCACAUCAUACGCGUGCUGCGCAACAACGAGAUGCAGAAGUUCAAGGAGAUCCAGACGGAGAGGAAAGCCACUGUGCUGGUCCUGGCCGUGCUGCUACUGUUCGUCGUCUGCUGGCUGCCCUUCCAGCUCAGCACAUUCCUGGACACGCUGCAGCGCCUCGGCAUCCUCUCCAGCUGCUGGGACGAGCACGUGGUCGACGUCUUCACGCAGAUCGCGUCCUACGUGGCCUAUAGCAACAGCUGCCUCAACCCGCUGGUGUACGUGAUCGUGGGCAAGAGCUUCCGCAAGAAGUCGCGUGAGGUGUACGGGCGGCUGUGCCGGCAGGGGUGCUGCGGGGCAGAGCCCAGCCAGACGGAGACCUCCAUGGGCACGCUGCGGACCUCCAUCUCAGUGGAACGCCAGAUUCACAAACUGUCGUAGUGGGUGGGAAGCAGCCAGUGAGCAGAUGUCACCAGGGCUACUAACGCGGGUGACGAUUAUUGGACAGUGAUUCUCAGGAUGUGACCCAGGAGGAAUGGAAGGAAUCCCAAGUGUGACCUUGGACAGUGAGCCGGUGUCUCCAGUAAAUUCCUUCCCGGCUCCAGUUGCAGAUAACAAGGCUGUGAGGUUGGAGUGAUCUGGUACACAGCCAAGGGCUCCAGAAACACAAGAGUAUUAUUGUUCUUAUUUGCUGCCACCCCUAGACCAGUCUGCUGCUUCCCAGGAGUGGAGGGAGCCUGGGGGUAGGGACAGGAGUGACCGAGCUUCCCUCCCAUGUGGUGUCCCACCUUGCCCCAGCACGACAGCUCAGAACUCCAGAAAUGCCACCCAGCUUUGGUGCAGCUGCUGAGUGCCCACACAGGGCUCAGCUGAAGUUCUGCCUUGGGUUUCUUUAAUCCACUCAGCUAGGACUUUGGAGGAUGAUUUCUCAGGUAAAUGAAGGUUAAACUCUGAGAGAUCCAUGGUGUGAAUCCGGAGACCAGGAUUCUUUCAUUCCCCUCAUGGAAGGACAAGUGGUCUGUGCCAAAGAAGAACCCAAUAAGCACUUAUCCAGCACUUGCUGUAUACGCAGCCUUGAGCACUGUGGGUAAGAGAAGAAAAAGAAAGUACAGUCUCGGUCUUGAAGGAACU